CACUCUCAAAAUGUCUUCUCUCAUUGCCAAUCUCUCUCUUUCAUUCUCCAUAGUCUCCUCAUCAUCUUCAUCUUCCGCUAAAGGUAAUAAACCCAAUAACUCAAACUCAAAGAAACUCAAGCUCAGAGAGGACUGGAGACAACGCUCCAAACCCAUCCCUCCAGGUGGCACUUACCCAGCUAAAGACCACUGCAGUCGUUGCGGUUUGUGUGAUACUUACUACAUUGCCCAUGUUAAGGAAGCCUGUGCUUUUUUGGGAGAUGGGAUGUCCAAGAUUGAAGAAUUGGAACCUGUAGUUCAUGGUAGAGGGAGAAAGCCGGAUUCUUUAGAUGAAAUGCACUUGGGUGUCUAUGAGGAGCUGUUGUAUGCUCGGAAGACCAAGCCUGUUGAAGGUGCUCAGUGGACGGGGAUAGUAACAACCAUUGCCAUAGAAAUGCUAAAAUCAGGCAUGGUAGAAGCUGUUAUUUGUGUACAGAGUGACCCAGAGGACAGAUUUUCACCAAUGCCUGUAUUAGCAAGGACACCUGAAGAAGUUCUAGCUGCUAAAGGUGUCAAGCCAACAUUAUCACCUAAUCUGAAUACCCUUGCCCUAGUUGAGGCUGCAGGUGUAAAGAAACUUCUAUUCUGUGGUGUGGGUUGCCAGGUGCAAGCAUUGAGGUCUGUGGAGCACCAUCUCAAUUUGGAGAAGCUGUAUGUGUUAGGCACAAAUUGUGUGGAUAAUGGGAGUCGUGAAGGGCUUGAUAAGUUUUUAAAGGCUGCUAGUAGUGAACCAGAGACGGUUCUUCAUUACGAGUUUAUGCAAGAUUACAAGGUUCACUUGAAGCAUUUGGAUGGUCAUAUUGAAGAGGUUCCUUAUUUCUCUCUGCCAGCGAAUGAUUUAGUUGAUGUAAUUGCUCCUUCUUGUUAUAGCUGCUUUGACUACACAAAUGGUUUGGCGGAUUUAGUGGUUGGAUACAUGGGUGUGCCGAAAUAUUCUGGAAUCAGCAUGACACAACAUCCUCAGUAUGUUACGGUAAGAAAUGAACGUGGAAGAGAGAUGCUUAGUCUGGUUGAAAAACUUCUGGAAGUUACUCCUACGACUAGUAGUGGUGAUCGCCGACCAUUUGUAUUGGAGACAGUUAAGGCAGAUGAUACUGCUAAGAUGGGUAGGGGUCCUGAUCCUGCACCAAAGUUCAUUGGCAACGUGAUUGCUUUCUUGCUAAAUUUGGUUGGUCCCAAGGGGCUGGAAUUUGCUCGUUAUUCACUUGAUUACCAUACCAUCAGGAACUAUCUGCAUAUUAACCGAACAUGGGGAAAAGAAAGAGCUGAUCGACAUAUACCUUCGUUUGCAAAGAAAAUUGUGGAUAUGUACAACAAGAAUGGUGAGAUUGAUAAGAUGCUUUCCGCCAAGUGA